AUGACCAGAUCGCUGAAUGGGUUGGGGGAGGGCGCAUCGCAGCUGUUUCGAACGUUACAGACCCAUGUAGACGACAUCAGAACCCUUCUACAAUGUGGUGUCUGUAUCAGGCCCCUCUACGAACCCUUCACACUUGCUUGCGGGCAUACUUUCUGUUACAGUUGUUUGACAUCAUGGUUCGGGGGAGGAAGGUCAAACAAAACAUGUCCUGACUGCCGAGCCCCUGUGAAAACGCAGCCUGCACCUGCCUACUUGAUUCGUACGGUGGUUCAGAUGUUCACAAGUCGAGCAGAACUCCUCGACAGAGGCGAGACGACCGCUGAGCAUAUACGGCACCAGCGUGAGGAGGCUGAGAAGAUUGAGCGGGAUAGAGAAAAUACUCAUCCUCGAGAAGGCGGCCUUUUUAAAGGCACAUUCAACAGGACCGGCCAUCAGGCGGCGAUGCCAAUCAUUGACGUCGAAGAUGGUGUCGUUCGCUGUCCACGCUGUUCUUGGGAGCUGGAGGAUGAUGCUGGCUGCGCACAAUGCGGGUACCGGCAAGAUGAUCGAUCAGAUACCGAUGCUUCCGAUUCGAUAGAGGACUGGACCGACUCUGAGGAAAAUUCUGAGAUGACGGAUUACUACGAUGAUGUCGCUGCAGAUACAUUUCACUACGACCCUUACUGGGCCUUACAACCCAUUUAUGAUAAUUUACCUCUUGCUGUCCGUGAACAGAUUGAAACCAUUAGGCGCCAACAUGGUCCUCGCAGCAAUUCUGCAGAUACAGCACGUCGCGGGUGGUCCGAAGAUGGCCUGGACGAGGACGAUGACGAAGAUGCUGAAAUGGAUUCCUUCAUUGACGAUGAUGAUGAUGAUGAUCAUGUUCGACACGAUUACUACUCGGAGUCAGAUAUGUCAACCGUCGUUGGUGGCCAUGAUCAUACCAGGCACCAACCGGAAGUCUCGCAUUUGGACACGGAUUCUGUGAUGUCGAGCGAUGAUGGUCACUCAACCGACCGUACCCCCAGCGAAUCCAGCGUGUUGGAUGAAGAUGAGCAUGAUGAGGAUGACGACGAUGAUGACGACGACGAGCCAGUACGGGUGUAUGUCAAUGGGGUUCGGCGUCGUCACGGCGUCACGUACAACCAGGUAGUGGUGCCGAGUACACCACCACGUCCAAGCAAUCGUUCCCGUGUGAGCAAUGCUACUUCGAAUCGAUCGCGUCCUUUGAUUUCGCGUUCCGCCUAUAAUGGUGCAUCAGCACGCCAAGAUCGAGCAUCGACCGCAGGAUCAUCAGCCAAUAAUGCAAUUACUUUGGAAGAUGACUCCGAUGAGGGCCCUAUCGGACCGUCGAGACGGUCAAGAAAUAGAAGAGGCUACCGCCCCGAAGCUAACUGA